UUGACAGCAGUCAAAAACAAAAAUUCCGCGAGAGCGCAUUAAAUAAUGAACACAAGCGGUUACUUGACAAAUAGCGGAUAAAGAGAACAAAUGCAGAGCCACUUUGAAUAUUUUGCAUAAAGUGAAAGAAUUUAACUGUGAGCAUAAAGUAUAAAUAUUUGAAAAGUUUAUACAUUCCUAUAAGAAAUUAGCGUUAAAAGUGCAUAUUACGACGGAGUGAUGCUACGAAGUGCUUGAAAUUUAAAGAAAAUGCAGUAUUCGCUGCAAUGUGAACAAUAAAAAAAGUUAUUGGAGCGUAGUAGAAUAGAUGUAAAACAAAAAAAUCUGUGCGCAGCUAGAACCAAAGUGCCAUAAAAAAGAAUAGAGAUAAAUAAAAUGGAAAAGUGCAUAUAAAAAUUUAAUAAGCACUAAGUGUAUGUAUGUAACUAUAAAUAAAAGAAUUUAAAGUGUAAAGCGAGCUUUGCUAAUUACAAGACUCAACUGUGUAAGCGCAUACGUUCGCCCUCCUGUUUGCCUGCCUGCCUGCCCGUUAGCCUGCCUACAAUUAAAAGAUAACAAACCAACAAACAAGCCACUGAUAUAUAAAUAGUCAACAAAUAACUACUCAAACUACAAUAGCAACAGUAACAGCAACAGCAACAACAACAGCAAGCAACCGACUUAGCAGCAUUUCAAUCAAUUCAAUUCAAUUCAACCAUCAAUUCAUCUCUAUUCAUAGACAGUGUACUCGACAGUACACUCGAACGCAGUCUGUCGACGUCAUCCUCAUCGUCGUCGUUGUCGUCGUCGCCGUCAAUUUGUUAGCACAUACACACAUAUGCACAUACGAGUACAUAUUUAAGCGCCUAUAUUGUUGUGGAGAGCAGCAGAUCUCUGCUCUAAGUUGAUUUAGUGCUGCACCUUUGGCUUCUACAAACGUUAGCCAGUUUCUUUGCGCACAGUUUGUCGUUUAACGUGCAAUGGCAACAUGGACAACGAGCAGCCACAUCAGGAAUUAGUCAAGUGCGUGCUGGUCGGUGAUACUGCCGUGGGGAAGACGCGUUUAAUUUGCGCCCGCGCAUGCAAUAAACAUGUUUCGCUGUCACAAUUACUAUCAACACAUGUGCCCACUGUUUGGGCAAUCGAUCAGUAUCGCAUCUACAAGGAUGUACUGGAACGCUCGUGGGAGGUAGUGGAUGGCGUAAAUGUUUCAUUACGCCUCUGGGACACAUUUGGCGAUCAUGACAAGGAUCGUAGAUUUGCUUAUGGGCGAUCGGAUGUCGUACUGCUAUGCUUCUCCAUUGCCAGCCCCAUAUCGUUACGCAAUUGCAAAGCAAUGUGGUAUCCGGAGAUACGUCGUUUCUGUCCAGAUGUGCCCGUCAUUUUGGUGGGUUGCAAAAACGAUUUACGUUAUAUGUAUCGCGACGAAACGUAUCUCUCAUACUUUGGCGAACGUAGUACCUUCGUACGCGCUGCACUGAAAAGCGACCUCGUUAUGCCGGAUGAGGCGCGUGCCGUUGCAAAAGAGCUGGGCGUUGCCUACUAUGAAACGAGCGUCUUCACAUAUUUCGGUGUGAAUGAGGUGUUCGAGAAUGCCAUACGUUCGGCGUUGAUUGCGCGCCGACAGCAACGUUUCUGGAUGACGAAUUUGAAGAAAGUGCAAAAACCAUUGCUGCAGGCACCAUUCCGACCACCCAAACCGCCACCACCCGAAGUCACCGUUGUGGUGGGCAAUUACAGACAAGACAUGUACAACAUGUUGAUUUCACAAACCCACACGGAUCUCAUACUGGUGGUGGGUGCGAGUAAAUUUCCGGUGCAUCGGUUUAUGCUCGCUGCUGCGUCGAACAUCUUUUAUCGGCUACUCAAUACAGAACUAACCGAUAUGGGUGGUAGGAGUAGUAGUGAAUCGAGUAUGGUGAGUUCCACAUUUGGCGAAGCGACCACUGCGGACUUUAAUGACGACACUGAGUGCCUCAUAAGGCAUGAAUCGCGUACACAGAGAAUGUGGGAACAGCUGAAACGACGUUCCAGCUAUCAGGCCUUACCGCUAAUCGAAACCAAAAAGCCCAGUGAUCUCUAUAAGGACCUGCAUCAUCCCAUAUUCCAAAAUAUACGCUUAGUGCAGAUGGAAAAUACGCGUGGCAUUAAUGUUACACAAACAAUUGUCACACUGACAAAACUGAUAACGCCACAAGCGCUGCAACAGUGUCUGCAAUUCAUUUAUACCGGCACAAUUGAAAGAGAAUUUCACAAUUUGCAGGAAGUUAAACAAGCUGCUGAUUUCUUAGAACUGCCUCAAUUGACUGUAUUACUUUCCAAGCCACAAACACUUUUAGCCAGUUUAAACGAUGAACCGAAUCAACAUUUUUGUCUUAGCAUUAAAGAGAAUAUGGAGAAGCAUUGUAUUGGCGAUGGCUGUUUUAGUGAUGUCACCUUUGAGCUGGAUGAUGGCCAGAUGAAAGCACAUCGCGCCAUUUUAGUUGCACGCUGUGAUGUUAUGCGCGCCAUGUUGGCCGGCGACUUUCGUGAGGCGCACUCAAGUGUGAUCGUCUUUCCCGGCGUCACGAUCUAUACGUUUCACAAGUUACUCUGCUAUUUGUACACAGAUGAAAUACCUCCAAUUUCAGCAGAUAAAUGUUUGAAUCUUUUGGAAUUAGCAAAUCGUCUGUGUUUGCCAAGAUUACUGAAUUUGGUUGAGUGUCGUGUGAUUGAAGACUUAACGAUGAUAUCGCAGAAUGAAACGAAUGAGACAGUCGAUCAUUGUCUCAAAUUGUUGGAGCCAGUGAAGCUGCAUAAUGCCCAUCAAUUGGCCGAAUGGUGUAUGUCUUACCUGUGCGUCAAUUACAAUAAGAUUUGUAAAUUCUCACUCAAAGGCCUCAAAGCACUGCAUCAGGAUAAUCAAGAGUAUUUACGUGAGCACCGUUGGCCGCCCGUGUGGUAUUUAAAGGAUUACGAUUACUACCAGCGUUGCAUAAAUGAAAUGAAUAAAGAAUUAAAGAAUUCACGUCGUGAUUCGCGCAGCGAUGAUGAAGGUUGUCUCUGUUUUACCGGCGUAUUCUCUUGGCUAUUAGGCAGCAGCAAUGGUGGCAAAUCGAAGCGUGGCACUGAUCCCAAUGGCAAUGGCGGCACCGCCGAGCAUAGCACAACCGAUAAUCAAAUCUUCAAUAGCACAGCGAAUUCGAUGAAUCACAUUGACCUGGAGGCGGCCGAGGUCGACUUGAAUCUCUGACAUCCAGCCAUCGGGCAUAGAAGAUCACUGCGUUUCAUUGUGAUUCUGCCCGUGCUGAUCUGCUUCAUUUGUACAAUUUUAAGUAUUCUAAUAUUAUUUCAAAUUUACACAUAACAAUACCAAAAUUGUUAUAAGCAUAAUGCGAUUAAUGCUGAAAGUAUUUUUUCUAUUCAAUUGUUAAACGUAAUCCAAUUACAACAAUCACAAUUAAUGUAAUUUAAGCUGUAAGGUAAUGAAAUUAAAGUGGCCAUUCGCAUACCGGUACAUACUGCAUACUGAGUUAGUUUUAAGUGUCGAAGUCUAAAUGCCAUUGAAGGGGGAGCUGAUGUAGUUUUCAACCACAAGUGACUCAAGAUUGGAGCUGUUUGAGCUACAUGCUUGUAAUGCUUGACGGUGGAGGAUUUUUUAUGCACUUUGAGGUAUGGACUUCUUGGGUUUUGUAUUGGAAACUCUAUUUUUCUUUUGAAGGAAAUAUGUGCAAAUAUGAUAUUUUGUUGAACUGUGUUAAUAUUUUUUUUGCUGGAAAGUUAUUAGAAAUAUGUUUGUGGGUACAUUUUAUGUGUCUAAUCUAUUAUGUAGAAGGUUGAAAGUAUUUGAAAAAGCGCUUAAAAGUAUGCUAAGAGCUGAGUAAAAUGCAAAUAAAAACAGUAACAGCAAACACAACAACAAAUGGAAGAACAACAAUAAUAAAAAAGAAAUACAACAACAAAAAAAUAAUUUUGCUAUUGGAUUAACCACAACAACAAAAAGAAAAAAUCAGCGUUAAUUACCAACAACAAAUAUGAACACUACAACAAAUAACAGCAGAAAAAAAGAAAAAUGUUCAUUGAAAAAAUAUGAAAGCAAAAGCAAUUCUCCUGGUCUUAAUCCGAGGUCCCAGAAAAAAAUAAAUUAAAACAAAACUAUAUUACUCUCUCUUUGCAAGAUGGUUGCGAGAGUUUAAAAAUAAAAUAUGAAAUCAAUAUUAUUUUUUCAGCCAAAUAGCGAAUACAAAAUCAAGCUAUAUAACAAUUUACAAAAUUUUCAUCAUUUUUUUUUUUCUUCAAGAUUAUAGAAAUAAAAUAUACAAAAAAAAACGAAAUCAAUUACUAAGAAAACACCAGCAAAUUAAAAGCAAUAUAUAUGUAUAUAUGCCUACAGUGCAAUAAAAUCGCAAUACAAAAACACCAACAAACACAGCAAAAACCAACAACAAAAACAAAAGGCAACAACAACAAAAAGCAAACAAUGCAAACACGCCGUUGAGAAGAGAGUUGAAAAUAUUCAAAUGUGAAAAAAGCGCUAAAAAAUAGGGAAACUAUUGUCUAGCCAUUAGUCAUGUAAGCGAUACACAAAUUUCUAAGCGAGCAAAGGUAUAAUAAACACACAUAACUAGGUACAUACAUGCUUAAAAUAAAAUAAUAUUUAUAAAAAAUAAAAUUUAAAAAAAAAAAAAAUAUUUAUAAAAAAAUAUUAAAAAAUAAAUAUUUAUAAAAAAAAAUUUAAAUAUAAAAAAAUAUUAAAUUAACAGGAAACCCGCUAAUUAUAACUUGUAAUAGGCGUAUAGCGUAUAAACAAAAUAAUAGCAAACUAAGUUUAGUGCCAGCCAGCCUAAGCCAAAAAACGGAGCAAUUCUUAAUUUUAGAUGCCAUAGCAUAUGUAUUUACAUGCAUACAUACAUAUGUAUAGUAUGUAUGUGUAAAAAGAAUAAUAAAAUUAAAAAAAAAAUUAAGUUAGGGGUUUCUAAAAUUUUGGCUAAUGAUUUUUGAUUUUUUUUAUAACAAAAAUACUAUUUAUAUAAGCAUCUCACGUAAAAUUGAUAUACAAUUAUUUUUUUUGAGGUUAUGCCGUGAAAUUUUUGAUAUAAAUUAAUUAAGAAGUGCAUAAAAAAUUAAUGCAGCAGUUUUUCGAAAUUGAAAUUCUAGUACACAACAGCUUUAACGCCUAAAAUUAUGCAACAACUCCAUUUGAACAGUUUUCAUACAAACAGUUUUGGAACUAAUUUCACUAAAAAAAUAUGUUUUCAGAAAUAUUGGAUUUUCCUUUUUCGAAAUUCAAUUUUUUCGAAAUUUGAUUUUUUUUUUAAUUCGAAAUUUUUCGAAAUUCGAGCAUAAAUUAAUAAUUAAGAUCCCAUUUACUUAAAAUAUUAAUGCAGCAGUUUUUCGAAAUUGAAAUUCUAGUACACAAUAGCUUGACCGCCUAAAAGUAUGCAACAACUGCACUUGAACUGUUAAAAUAAAAACAGUUUUUGAACUAAUUUCCCAAAAAAAAAUAUAUUUUUUAGAAAUAUCGGAUUUUUUUCGAAAUUCGAAAUUUUUUUCGACAACGAUUUUCUUGUAAAUGUUCGGCAUAAAUUAAUAAUUAAGAUCCCAUUUACAUAAAAUAUUAAUGCAGCAGUUUUUCGAAAUUGAAAUUCUAGUACACAAUAGCUUGACCGCCUAAAAGUAUGCAACAACUGCACUUGAACUGUUAAAAUAAAAACGGUUUUUGAACUAAUUUCACCAAAAAAUAUAUAUUUUUUUAGAAAUAUUGGAAUUUUUUUUGAAAUUCUCAAUUUUUUCGAAAUUUAUUUUUUUUUAAUUCGAAAUUUUUUUGAAAACGAUUUUCUUGUAAAAUGUUCUGUAUAAAUUAAUAAUUAAGCGCCCGAUUGCAUAAAAUAGUAAUAGCAUAUUCUAAGAGUUGAAAUUCUACUACACAACUUCUUUUGCGCCUAAGAGUAUGCAAUAACUGCACUUGAACAGAUUAAAUACAAACAGUUUUCGAAAUAACUUGAACAAAAUAUUUUUUUUUAUAAAUAUUGGAUUUUUUCGGAAAUCGACAUUUUUUCGUUAUUCGAAACUUUUUCGAAAUUCCUUUGACAAUUUUUUUGAAAUUCUUUGAAAAUUUUGAAACUUUGAAAUUCCUUGAACAAAAUGAUAUUUUUUUUUAAUAUUUACCGAUAUUCGAAACUUUUUCGAAAUUCGAAAUUUUUUCGAAAACGAUUUUUUUGCAACUUUUUUCUAACAAUCUUAAGUUAACGCUGUAUUUCACGCUAAGAACUCGCUGGCGAUGUUCGAAAAUACCAGUAAAAAAGAAUAUAUAUAGCACUUAAAGCAUAAAAAACUGCAAUUUCAAUAAAUAAAUUUUUCGAAAAAUAUAGUAAACUCAUUUUUGCAAUUUUUUUUCAACAUUAAAGCGCUAAGAUUCGAACCCCUAACAUUUAAAAUUAUAAAAAAAAAUAAAACCAAAUAAACCUAACUGAGUCAUUAACAUUAAAGUGAAAGCACAAAGCAAAAUUGUCGGAACCUAGUCAAUCUGCCCAAAAAUAAAUUUUUUUGAAACACAUAAAAAUCAUAUGCCAAUAUAGUUGUACAUACAUAGCUAAUGAAAUAGUAUGCUACAAAAGUAAGAAUAAAAACAUAUAAAAAACAGAAAAAAAAGUGAUCUGUAAUUAUAUAGUAAAAAAGAAGUUUCAUUAAAAAUUCUGAAAUUAAUAAAUAAAUAAAAAAACAAUAUGAAAUCAGAAAAAUUCAAAACAAAAAAUAAUCAUAUAACUCAAAACUUAGUACCAACUUCAUAAUAAACAUAAAAAAUAAGUAAAGAUUAUAGAAAUAAAAAAUAACAAAAAAUAAAAAAUAUAUAUAUAAUUAAACAUAAUUUGCAAGACGGCUGGUUACUGACACAAAAAUAAAUAUUUUUUAAUUAAUACAAAUUUUUAAUAGAAAUCUAAACAAUUCGCUAAAACACAUUCGGGGGUCUCUAUUAUUGUUUGAAGUUUAACAAGAAGACUGCUUUCGGCUAUAGAAAAUAAAAUUAAAAAAAUAAUAUAAAAAGUAAAUUUCGCUGCUUUCAUGCUUGUGUCAGCAAUCAGCGGUAUAAAAAUCAA